AUGGAAUACAAAAAUCAAACUCCAUUGACUGAGUUUGUCCUUGUUGGCUUUCCAUACCCCAAGAACUUGGUGGGUCCUUUAUUCAUCUUCUUCCUGCUUAUCUACUUACUGACCCUCCUUGGAAACCUUCUGAUUUUGUUGGUUGUGAUGUCCAAUCCCCAGCUCCACAAGCCCAUGUACUGGUUCCUUUGCCACCUGUCCUUCUUGGACAUGACGGUCUCCACUGUGAUUGUCCCCAAGGUGAUUGCUGGGUUUCUAGAGGGUGGUGGGAUCAUCUCCUUUGGGGGCUGUGUGUGUCAACUCUUCUUCUUCCACUUCCUGGGCUGCACGGAAUGCUUCCUCUACACUCUGAUGGCUUAUGACCGUUUCCUGGCCAUUUGCAAGCCACUCCAUUAUGGCACCAUCAUGAACCGUAGGACGUGCCUCUUCCUCACCAUGGGUACCUGGCUUGGUGGCUGCCUUCACUCUGUGAUGGAGACAGCCCUUGUUUUCCGUCUCCCCUUUGGGUGGAGAAACCAGGUGAACUAUAUCUUCUGUGACAUCCCGGCAGUGCUGAAGCUGGUUUGUGCUGACACGGCACUCAACGAGAUGAUAACCAUGGUUGAUGUUGGCCUUGUAGCCACCACUUGCUUCUUUCUCAUCCUGACUUCCUACGUGUACAUUUUAUCUGCCAUACUGAAAAUCCGCAGCACUGACGGGCGCCGGCGAGCGUUCUCCACCUGCUCAGCUCAUCUUACUGUGGUGGUGACUUAUUAUGUGCCACUUGUUUUCAUUUAUCUGAGACCAGGAUCACAGGAUCCAUUGGAUGGGGUAGUGGCUGUGUUCUACACUUCACUGACUCCACUUCUGAACCCCAUAAUCUAUACUCUAAGGAACAAAGACAUAAAAGUUGCCCUUGUAAAACUGAUGGGGAGGACACUCUAG